AAUCUUAGAAUUCGCCUUUCGGUGUCAAUAUGGUGAUUCGCUGUAUUAUAAAGGAAGACACGAUUUUUAGAAAAGAUAUUUGUUAGUAUUUAUUUUUACUAAUGAGUCAAGCAACAUCGUGGAUAUUCUGCGAACACAUUGCUACAUUAGGUCGUGUCAUAUUGCUGUAAAAUCGAGGCGAAUAUCACGAAGAGAAUUUGAAUACUAACUACGGAUAUUUUGGAUAUGCAAGCGAACGAAAUUGUAUCGCGUACCGAGUUCCAAUACGCGAACACAAAUGGCGAAACAAACGACAACUUCGAGCCGGUAAUACAAAACGUUUGGAGUCAGAAACAAUCUGGGGAGACGUCUGAAAGCUCGAACAGCCGUAGCAGGGCGAGCGAAGGUGAACCGCAUCUCUCUUUUGCCUACGAAAGAGCGAGUAUGUUGGCAGUUCAACAACCCAGCACAUGCAUUGCGACUACAGAUGGAAAUAAGAUCUCGUAUGUACACAUAGCUCCUAAGGUCGACGGUAGAAGGCUUUCCUACACGGGAUCUUUAUCGGAAAAUACUGGAAGUUCGCCAUCAAAUUCCCCAGAACGCGCUGGAGUCUCUGCAAGUCAUGGCUAUGGAGAAAAUCAAAGUCCAGUUAAGACUGAAGUAAAGAAUGAAGUUUACGUUCCAUCUGGUAAAAAUAUCAUCAACGACAGUCCAUGGCCGCCAGACUUCGAGCCCACAGUCAAAGAGAUGCGUUUCAAGCUGUACGAAUUUGGUGGGAAAAGAGAAGGUAUCGACGAGCCUCCCCGGGAAGAAAUGCGAAAACUACGACAGUACUACGCCGUGAAGUUCCGAAGUUGGCUGAAGGAUGGUAAUCGUGAUAUGAGUCAAUUGUUGUGUCAUUAUUAUGCCGUUGCUAAAAUGAGCAACCGGUGCUGGGAGCGAGCUGUUUCAAUCAUGGAAAAAUACAGGCUCGGUCUCUUGAAAGAUAUGAGUAAAGGUCUUCCUGUGAAGCAGAGUAUUUUUCAGUUUGUUGAUCGUGGUAAUGAAGAGUACACAUAUGAUAUCAUGUGCAAAGUUGAGCGGGGUGAAGUCAGUUUACAGGAGGCGAAACAAAAAUACCGAAUGAUUCUGGAUAAACGAAAGGCGAAGAUCAAUACAGCCAAGAGACUCUCAACAAUUGAAGCAAUGAACCACGAUCAAGAAGCCGAGCAAUCACGGCGAAGAUCGAUCGAUUACGAACAACGCCCGAGUACUGUCGUCAAUGGUGGUGGCUAUCACGUGGAACAAAAUGACCUUCCCGAGGAUUACCGCGAACAUGGCGGCCGGCCAAUGGACUCUGGGCAUAUUGACCGCUAUCCCCAGUCCCCCUCACAAACGAUGAUCAAACAGGAGAGACUUGAGACUGCUGAGGGCGGCGUCAAGUCGACUGAGAUACGAGCUCUGAAUGGCGUCGUUGCUAAGCAUUAUAAUGGCCUGCAGUAUCACGAAUAUAAUCAAAUGCAGAAGGUUGGCGAACGUGAGUAUGAAAUGGACAAGUUGAAAAAGAGGCUGCGUGAUGUUGAGGAUGAACGAGAUGGGAUGGAGAAGAAAUGGCUCGACCAGGUUCAGAAUCAUGUGAAGGAAAAAUAUCUCAUCGCAGAUCUCCAGAAAGAAGUUCUCCUUUGGAAAGGGAAGUUCAAGAAUCUUCUUGAUCGCAUUCAAGGCCUUGAGUGCGACGCCAGAAGAGAUUUUGACUUCUCUUGUCGUCGAGCUUCGCACGGUGAUACUCAAAAUGAUUUUAUCAGUCAAAAACACAAGGAUCAGGGCUCUGUUGUACGGGCUGUGGACAGCGGCGUUGAGAAGGUCUCGGUCAUCGACGCUCCUGGCCGAAUUGUCCACGUGCCCGUCACAUGUGGCGUACCAGUGAUUGCACGUGAUCGCGGCGGUGUCCCGCAGGUAUAUCGCCCGGAGCCCACAUACAUCUACGGUUAUCCCAGCCAGGCCAUCCACCAUCCCACUCUCGUUCAAAACGGAGUAACGCCAAUGAUUACGUCCGAGUACUACGACGCGAGGCGUGACGUCACCAUGGCGACGCCAGAGGUAUCACGUGAGCAGGUUACCAUAGCGACGUCCGACGAGGCCGAUGAUAAAGACGUCGAUGUGGACGUCGAAGGGAAGGCUGACGACCAGGAGGAGAGUGGGGACAAUGAUAUGAGCAAAAGGUUAGUGAUUGGUACAAAUAAAGCAAAGAUUAUUGUCAGAAAACGUAACGAUCCAAGUAGAUAUGUCGCCGGGGCUCAAAACAAACGUAAGCGACUAAGCAGGUGAAUUUCGUUGUUGUUUUAUCGCUGACAAUCGUUCACAUCUGAGAGGAAACUGUUUUUCUGCCUUCACGAAACUGGCUUUGGAACGAAGUCUUGCAACACGAUAAAUAACAUGCAAUGCACCUUUUCGAUAAAUACGUUCUUACUCAGCAAGUCUACGUAAGACAGGGAGAAUUUCUUUGCAAGAAUAAAUCUUUCUUUGACUGACUGACUGGAAAUCAGAAAACAUAAUCAUCAAAAUCGUGCAUUUCUGAACUAAUCGUGUUGCGUAGAAAAUCAAUGCUUUACUAAAACGGGAAUCGUAACACAAUGUGGCUCUUUCUCGACGCACUCGAGUGCAAGAUUACAUCAACAUCGAUCAUUUAUAAACUACUAAUUCUUCUCUUGUUUUGAAAGCAGAAUUCUGCUCUCGCUUGCAUGACGUUCCUUCGGUGCGUGGCGAUUGUCAGCGGUCAAGGGAAUGGGGGCGCGCGUCACGUGACAUGGUUUUGUGUGACUAGUUAAAUGUAUUUGGAUAUCGUUUGGUACAGUUUCAUAGAAGAUAUCAUUACGUAUGAGUCAGCGUCAUUUCAUCUCUGGCGAUAUAGCUCUAUUGUGAAAUGUCACGCAGCUCAUAUUCAAGGUAUUUGUCUACAAAAAAACGGCGGUUUUUUUGUCGAGCGUUAGGCGGACGGGAGGUGAUCUCUACUGUAUAAUUAUAUAUAUAUAUAUAUAUGUAUUAGCUAGUUUGAUAUAAACUUGUAGCGAGGAUCGAUUUGAUGUUUCUAACAUCCACAGGAAUUCGCCGCAUCCGCCGUGUUUCCGUUUGGAAAUUUCCUUGCAAUUCAAUGUGUACAAUUAUUAUUCGUGAUGCUGGUGCAAUUUCUGUGCGUCGUUUACGCGGCGAUGUUAGACAGAGAAUUGAUCCUUUUGGAGUUAGAAUGUAGUUGUUAGCAAAGUCUGAAUGUCGUGUGGUGCUAGUUGAUUAAACAAGGCUUGCGAAUUAUCAUGAACUUAUACCAAAAAUUUCCUAUAUUGUUGCUAUGGAGGGGAGGGAGGGGUGCACUUAGCCUGAUGCAGAUUCAGGCCUUGAGGCGUAGUUGACCUGCAAUAGGGUUGGUGGGUGGGUUUCAUCCUUAGGAGUUGAGAGCGUGUCAUUUCACGUGUAAUGUUCCAAUCUUUAACGAAAUCUGCUCGGAAAAUAUCUGUCACUUUGAGAAGCGAGGUCUAGCCAUUUUAUUAGUUCAAAACAUCUCAACUCCUUGCCAUUUUGAUAAAGUUUAAAUCAAAUUCAUUUAAAGCUAAUGCCCGUGGUUGAUAAAAGGCACUAGAUAACAUCGAUUGAAACUCGAAAAAUAGUAUAAUCAGUCGGGGUAAACCAUGCCUUCAAAGGGUGUUAUCUACGUUCAUUUGGGAUUAAUCUAAUGCAGGCACUGUGCGCAUUGUAAUAUAUUAUUGUGUCUGAUUUACUUAUCUGCCAAUAUUAACGGCAUUUUAGUAAGGCAAUAUUUUUAGGAGAAAAUUUUCUCAUUUUGAGCAUAGAUUGCAUGUAACAUCACCGUUGCGUGGGGGAUAUUUUGAAUUUGUCUUUGUUAAAAACUACCCUCAGUUCUUCUCAGUUCGUCCGCCAACUUCUUUCAAUAUUUUUCAAAAUCUGACAUUUUUCUACGGUAUAUGCAAAAUCCAAAUACUACUUGAGAAAAAAUAGUUAGAAUUGUAUUGAGAAAAAGACAUUCGGUCUUCAAAAUCUAUUAGCAUAAGCAUUUAAGAGCAAUAGCGAAGUUUAUAUUUCCACUGUGAUAUUUAUAUUAUAUAAAGCCGGCGUUUUCUUGAGAAAUUUCAAUUUAAAAUUUUUGUGGUGAAUUUCCCCGCAAAACACAACAAGGUCGUAUUUUUUUUGGUGAAGUUUUUAACAGUGACUAUAUUUCAAUGCAGAACCCAACAGCGGUGAUGAAUUUGUAUAAUUUAUUAAUUUGAAUAAUAAUAUCUGUCAUUCAUUAGUUCUUAGUUUUAGUUUAACUUGCUGGAGGUUAAUCAUGGUUAAUAGGGGAUACUUUGUAUCUUUGACGGAUAUCUAGGAUGUCAGAAGUACAAUGUUACCACCAUUUUGUUUUACGCGAGGCAAACCAUAAAUUUCAAUACAGGCGCAUUUCUGUCCUUAGGACGCCAGAAUUUGCCGUAUUUUAUCGUUUGUUGAUCGUAUAACAAAAUGCGGGAACAUUUUUUGUGUUUUUGAAACGUACUUUUUCAAUUCAAAGAUAUCAGCGUCUUGUUACAGGUCGCUCAAUUGACGUUAAUUCGCUUUUCUGCCCGUUGUAAGAUCACGUUAAAACGAAUGCACUCACUUAUAUAUAUAUAUAACGUAAUUUGUCAUGGCAAACAGUUGUCUGUCAUUGGUUAAAAUCGUUUCCCAUUUAGCCAAUGACAGCACUUCUUUGCGCCAUAGUUACUAAUCAACCAAUACUGUGUACUCUAAGAAAAUAUUUGGAAAGGAUUUCAUUCUUUACUAAAAAUUUAAAUAUAUUUUGUACUGGAUAAAAUAUUUUAAAUUAUGAGUAAUUAUGAAAUAAAUCUAUUGUAUCACCAGUAAUGAUUGGUGAGAUAAUUUUAUUACCAGUACUGUUUUAUAAUAAUUAUGACAAAUUUUGUACUCUCUUAAAAACUAAUGUUACUUUUGGCUAGAUUACCAAAUACUUUAAAUAUCUGUUAGAAAAAGCGCCGUGUGAAUUUAUUAUUUGAAGCUUUUGGUCCGUCGUUAUUUCGGGCAAGUUGUAGUUAAAAAAAUGAUUGGAAAGUUUGUCAUCUUCACUAUCCUAAAAAUGGUCGCUUUUUCUCUAUUGAAAAAAAGGCUGGAGACUUUUUAAGUUUGUUGCAGUGAUUACCGCAGGAGUAACGAACGGACCAAAAGCUUUUCAAUGAUCAAUUUACCUGGCGUUUUCACAAACAAAUAUUUUCAUUUUUAUACACACGUAAAAACGGGCAUACUGUUUCAAACCUGCAACACAAGUUCUUUGUUCGUUUGUUGUAAAUUUGCUGCGAGAUUUUUACGUGUGUCUAACUAAAUAUUGUAUGAGGGUUGUUUAUCUAAAAAGUCAUCUUUAAAUCUACGUUUAUAAACUGCCAUUUGUCUAGAAAAUUUCGGGGUUCACUGCUAGUUUAUUAUCAAUUGAUUAAUUGUUAUAAUUUCACUAUUCUGUCCCAACGAAAACCUGAAAGUAGCUACGAUAAAUGGUCCUUUGUAAACGUAGUUUUAAAGAUUCCAACUAGAACUGUAUUUAGCUUGCAAAUAAUACAAAGAUAUCUAUAUCUAUACGAUCUAAAUUUCACAGUUUUUUGAAGUAUGUUUUUAUUGGUGAAAUCACCAAAGUUUUGAAACACGGUUGUAAUUUAGGUCGUAAAAAUAAAUAGGUAUUGGUUUGUAAAGUAAUGACAAAUGUUAUAGAAAAAUAUUAAUGAUGACAAAGGAUUGUUGGGUUAAUUGACGCUUGUGUUGCAAGAUAUGACUAUUCCUGUAUCUCGUAAUUUUAAUGAUGGUUUCUUCAGCAAAUGAUUAAAAUAAUUUUU